UGCAGGCCAAAACACAAGGAAGAAGAGAGUUUUUUAAAUUUGGCGUCCUCUGCACAGCGAAGUUCAGUUGCAAAAUUCAAACACGCCGUUUCUUGCAGAUUUGUCAAGUUGGUAUAUUUCUGAGCCAGAGCUCUUGAAAGUUUGGAUUUAUUUAUACGGCCUUCUGUCUUAAUGCCCACCCGAUCAUACGGUCUUUUCUAUGUUAUGGGUUCGUUCUUGGAAAAAUUGAGAAUUUACUUCGAGAAAAUGAACCAAGGAGAGGCAAAUGAAAAUAAGAUGGGAACAAAAACUUCAGAACGGAAAGAAAGCGAACGGAAGAAUCAGGCUGAAGCUAGGACGCGGGAGAACAAAGCGAACGACGACGUUUCAGCGACGAAACCUGCCAAGAAGCGGACACGUCCUACACUGGAAGAAAUGAAAGAGGCAAAGGAAAAGAUGGCAAGCCUUGAAGAACAAAUUGCAUCACAGAAACGGAUGAUGGAUGAGCAUCAGGGAAAGAUGAUGAUGUUGGAAGAGGUGAUCAGACAACAAUGUUUGGUCAUAAAAGAAAAUGAUGAUAAAUACACUUAUGAUCAGUUAGCAAAGGCAGCACCAGACACACAGACACUUUGGGAUCGAAUUGAGAACCAAUUGAGCUCGAUGAUUGAAAAGAAAGCUUACGAUAGCGGUGACGAUACCUCAUUGGCGAAGAUUAAGCAUCAGUUUGAUGCCCAGUGUUUGCAGUUACAAGAACAAGGACAAUGUAUUAAAAAGCAUGAAGAACAAUUUGAAGAUCAACUGGCGAGAAUCGAGAUGAUGCGAGAAAUGUUAGAUGAAAAUUCAAAUCAAACUGGUAAAGAGAGUAGUGUGCGUGUAAUUUUGGAAGAUCACGAGAAAAGAUUGAAUGCUUUGGAAGACCGAAUGGCUAUCUAUGAGAAGCAAGUAGAGAAACGUCUUGCUGAACAACAUCAAUUGUUGAUUUUCACUUGGCUUGGAUUGAUAACAACAUUUGUGCUAUGUUUUGCAAUUGUUUGCUCUUGCUGCUGGUUUAGAUAAAACGCGAGAGAACCGUUCCCACUUCUAAUGCUGUUCGUGCAAUGUUAAAUAAUUCUAAAAAUGUUAACAUUUCACACCUUUUAGCAUCGGUACUACAUAUGUCGUAUUAUCUCACAUAUCAGUCGUGCGCCUCUCAGGGGGGGUGGUUAGUUCAGGGUAAUUAAAG